AUGCACCUGCCCGGCUGCGCCCCAGCCAUGGCCGACGCCAGCUUCUCUCUCGCCGGCCACCUGCUCCGCAGCCCGGGCGGGAGCACGUCGCGGCUGCACAGCAUCGAAGCCAUCCUGGGAUUUACCAAGGACGACGGGAUCCUCGGCUCCUUCCCAGAGGAGCGGGGCGCCCGGGCCUCAGAGGAGCGAAGCGCCCGGGGCGCGAAGGAGCGGGAUCGGAGGCCAGGCGCGCGGACCGCCUGCCCCAAGGCUCCUGCAGGAGGCGCCGAGCCCUCCCCGCCGCCCGCCCCGGCGCCCGCUCCCGAGUAUGAAGCCCCUCGCCCCUACUGCCCCAAGGAGACCGGGGAGGCGCGGCCGAGCCCUGGGCUGCCUGUCGGACCCUCGGCCCCCGGCGACUCGAAGCUGUCGGAGGAGGAGCAGCCCAAAAAGAAGCAUAGACGGAACCGCACGACCUUCACCACAUAUCAGCUGCACGAGCUGGAGCGCGCGUUCGAGAAGUCCCACUAUCCCGACGUGUACAGUCGCGAGGAGCUGGCCGGCAAGGUCAACUUACCCGAGGUCCGGGUCCAGGUGUGGUUCCAGAACCGACGGGCCAAGUGGCGGCGGCAGGAGAAGCUGGAGGUGUCGUCCAUGAAGCUGCAGGAUCCGCCCCUGCUCUCCUUCAGCCGCUCCCCGCCCGCCGCGGCCCUGGCGCCCCUCGGGACCGGCCCGGGCGGCGGCGGCGGCGGGCCGGCUGGGGGCGCCCUGCCGCUCGAGUCGUGGCUCGGGCCGCCGCUGCCGGGCGGGGGCGCCACGGCGCUGCAGAGCCUGCCCGGCUUCGGGCCGCCGGCGCAGAGCCUGCCCGCCAGCUACACGCCGCCGCCGCCGCCGCCCUUCCUGAACUCGCCGCCGCUCGGCCCGGGCCUGCAGCCCCUCGGGCCGCCGCCGCCGCCCGCCUACCCGUGCGGGCCCGGCUUCGCGGACAAGUUCCCGCUGGACGAGGCGGACCCGCGCAACAGCAGCAUCGCGGCGCUGCGCCUGAAGGCCAAGGAGCACAUCCAGGCCAUCGGGAAGCCGUGGCAGGCCCUCUAG